AUGCGAUUCUCGACCAUUCUUGCAGCCGGCGCUGCCUUUGGCGCUGCGUUGCUCACUCCAGCCACUGCUUCGCCCACCGUGAUGAGCAGCAUCCCGGACCACAUCUCGCCCAACGUGCGUCGCGAACUGGCCGCGAUGCCUGCUUCAGAAUACACACUGUAUGAGCGACAGGUCGGAGAUAGCCAGGACCGUAAGAGAGGCGCACAGAUCAGCGGUGUGCAGACGCGUUGCACCACCAAGAGCUGCCUGUCUCUGACAUUUGACGACGGACCGUACCUGCACGAGAACAAGAUUGUCAACACGCUCGACAACGCCGGGGGUCAAAAGGCGACCUUCUUUGUCAACGGCAACAACUACCGCUGCAUCUACGAGCAGGCGCAGGUGGACAGCCUGCGCUACACGUAUGAGCACAAGCACCAGAUCUGCUCGCACACGUGGAGCCACCCGAACAUCUCGACGCUCAGCAACCGUCAGCUGGACAAGCAGGUGCAGCUGGUGGAAGACGCUCUGUGGAAGAUCAUCGGUGCUGUGCCUGCCUGCCUGCGAGCUCCCUACGGCGAGAUCCGCCAAGACCAGAUCAAGUACCUCAACGACCGAUGGGGGUUGGUCGUUGUAGGAUGGAACCGCGACACUGGCGACGCUGACGGUGCGGGAGUCCAAGCCGGUCUCAACCUGUACAACAACCUGAAGGCCCCCACCCACGCCAUCGUUCUCAACCACGAGACAGUCAAGGCCACUGCCGACACCGUCAUCCCUCAAGCUGUCAACAUCGUGCGCAAGAAUGGUUACAGCGGCAGUCAGACCGUCGCCAGCACGCUGCAGUUUAACCCGUACAAGGUCGUUGGCAGCUACCAGAAGCGCGAUUCCACCUGGACCUGCAACGGCACGCCUCAGCCGGGUGGCAACUAA